UAGUCAAAAAGGUUAGGUUAGGUUAAACGUGAAGUUGGUUAUUUCGGAAAUACAUAACCUCUCUUGGUGAUUAAAAAUUAUAAAAUAUUUCUAAUUUAAGUUUAUAAAUAUAAUUAAAUAAUGGCUGAAAAUCAUUAUAAAUUGAGUUGCACACUUGUUGGGCAUAAAUUAGACGUGCGAUCUUUGACAGUUACUAAGGAAGGAAAUAUUGUCUCAGCCUCCAGGGACAAAACGGCUCGUCUAUGGAAACCAAGCGGAGAUGGAAAGACUUAUACCGAGGCUGCUGUUUUGAAGGGACAUAAUAAUUUUGUUAGUUCUGUGUGCGUAUUGGAAACGACAGAAAAAUACGCUUCGGGUGUGGUAAUAACCGGGAGUAAUGAUUCAAAUAUCUGUCUCUACACACCGGGGGAAAAUGAACCAUUUUUCACCUUCAAAGCUCAUCAGAAUACUGUUUGUAAUUUGCGAGCCAGCGAAGAAAAUGGACACUUUCUCUCGAGUUCUUGGGACAUGACGGCAAAAUUAUGGAACAUAAACGACAUUACCAAUCCAAAGGUGACAUUAAUUGGUCACACAGCAGCCGUAUGGUGUGUGGCAGACUUGAAGAAUGCCCUCACAAUAAUCACCGGUUCUGCCGACAAAUUAGUUAUAGUUUGGACGAGGAGCGGCACCAUAAAACACAAAUUAAGUGGUCACACCGACUGUAUUCGUGACAUUGUUGGAAUAAAUGACGAUGAAUUUUUAACUUGCGCAAACGAUGCGACUGUUCGUCAUUGGAAUGCCUCGCAAGGUGUCUGCCUUGGUACCUAUGACGGACACACGAAUUAUAUUUACAGUAUUUCGGCGACACCCGGCGCCGAAAUGAUUGUCACCUCCGGCGAGGAUCGAAGUGUACGAAUUUGGCACAAGGCGAAUAUCAAGCAAACUAUUUAUCUACCACCGCAGUCGAUUUGGAGUUCGAAAAUAUUGCCGAACGGCGAUAUUGUCACGGGUGCUUCGGACGGUGUUCUGAGAAUAUUCUCAGCGAUUCCCGAACGUCAAGCGGAUGCUCAAAUUUUACAGACAUUCGAAGAGGAAGUCGCGAGCGUUCAACUUAACGCUCAACAAGAACUUGGAGGCCUUAAGAUUAGUGAAUUACCAGAUUCGACUGCAUUAUUCACACCUGGCGUGAAGGACGGUCAGACAAAAAUGGUCCGAGAGGGAAGUAACGUGGUUGUUUAUAGUUGGUCAGCCAGUCAACAACAGUGGAAAAAAAUUGGCGACGUUAUGGGAGCAACCGGUGGAAGUAAUGCCACUUCCGGAAAACAACUCUACAAUGGAAUUGAAUACGAUUAUGUAUUUUCGGUGGAUAUCGAGGAAGGUGCACCGCCUCUCAAAUUACCCUACAAUAUCGGACAGGAUCCUUGGCACGUUGCGCAAAAAUUCAUUCAUGAUAAUGAAUUGAGCCAAUUAUUCUUGGAUCAGGUUGCUAACUUCAUAGUAAAAAAUUCACAAUCAGCACCAGUGAUGAAUGCAACAGCACAAUAUGCAGAUCCAUUUACCGGUGGAAGUAGAUACAUUCCCAGGUCAAAUAUUCCGAGUACCGAACCAGUAAAAACUCCCACUGCAAGUUCAUCAAAUUCCUCUGUCACCACAAACUAUAUACCUAGAGAUACAUAUUUAAAAUUGGAACAAGCGAAUCUCACCGUAAUUUUCGAUAAACUGAGAGAAUUUAAUGCGAAACGUGACAGUAUGCAUCAGACAUUACCGGAUAAAUUGGAAUCAGUGGUAAAACUCGCGGGAAACGAUGGUAUAAUACCAGGAUCAAUAGAUGUUUUAAAAGGACUUUUAGAUUGGACGAAUGACAUUGUAUUCCCUGCUCUCGAUAUUGCACGAUUGGCCGUUUUACGAAAAGAAGUCAACGAUCAAUUGUGUAAUGAAGAUUUAAUGGAAGUGGUGAGACGACACAUUAAUGGCGAUUCUCUGCAGUCAAAUCAAAUGCUUAGCUUUCGAUUACUGGCGAAUAUGUUCAAUCAUGAGAAGGGCGAGAAAUUUGGUCUUGAAUAUCGAGAUGAAAUUCUCAAGAAUUUAUUGAAUCUACCCACACUCGGCAACAAAAAUACUCAAGUUGCAAUUGCCACGUACGUAUUAAAUUUAACAGUGGCAUUAAACAAGCAUGACGACAAAAUUGGCAAAAUAAGAGUAAUGAAUGCAAUUUUGUCAAUGAUAUCGCGACUACAGGAGCCAGAGGCAAUAUUUAGAAUUUUAGUUGGACUGGGAACGCUCAUCGAUGCCACGGUAAAUGCAAACGAUAGAAAUGAACUAAUUGAAGCCGUGCGUCAAUCGGAAGUUGCCUUAACAAUGCUUAGAACAUUAUCAGAAGACAAUGGCGCUGUUAAUUCACAAAAUAAGCUUGCCAGCUGUUCGAAACAAAUUAUUAAUUUACUUUUUUAAAAAAAAACACACGUGAAUUUGCAAUGCUUUUUAUAUAUUUUUUAUCUACAAAUAUUCGUAUGAAAAAAAAGAAACCAUUUGUACAGUUCUUUAAUGCUGUAAAACGAAACUUUAAAAAUAAUUCUGUCACUCAUUAUUCAUUACAAAUUUGAAAUUUUCAAAAUUUCUUUCAAUUUUUGUUAUUUAUAUAAUAAAUUAAAUGAAAAUAAAAUUUUUUGAAAUUAACUUAUAAAAAAAAAUUUAUGAUGGUAGCAAUAAAUUAUUAUUACCUUGACAGGUGACAAAUAUAAAUUUCCACAUUUACGAUUACUUGACAUUUGACUGAAUAAAUAGUGUAAAUAGUUUAAAAUUUUGCUGCAUUAAUUUGAAUAUUUUAUGAAAUGUAAUUAAAUUUAAUAUUUAUUCGCUUAAA